AUGUGGCUUUUUCGGGUUCUCUCCUCCGCAGUCUUCUUGACCGCCAUCGUCCUCUCCAUUCCCUUAGCCUUCGAUGUCGGUGGCAGGACGUGCGGUCUGGCCUACUCUCUGUCCCUCGCCAGCUUCUACUUCUUCUUCUCGCUGCUCAAACUUGCCACGCCCGACGAGUCAUGGUUUCGCCGCUCGUUGGUCAUCCUCAUUCGAUCCACGCAGUGGCUGAUCGUCCCGACGUUGCUCAUCUGGUCUCUCAAUCGCUUUUCAGUCGAUUCCGAUAACAGCAGUGGGUGGGUGGAGCAGACUUUCGAUGGGAAGAGGGCGCAAGACACGUCCAUUAGCUCGUGGAUCUUUGGUCCUGGCGGGUUGAUUGAGACCCUAACCAUCGGCAACUGGGAUAAACUGUUACGCUGGUCGACUCCGGUCUUUCAGCUGGUGGAAGGAUUCUGCAGUCUGCUCGUCAUCCAAGCUGCAGGACAGAUCACCCGAUGGCUGGUCAACAGAGGCGGAAGAAGUGAUACUUGGAUGAUCUGUCUCUUAGUGUUGUCAGCGACAAUCAUUUCGAGCUCAGUCUAUUUCCUAUGGCGCGUCCUUCAAUUCCCCGAGAUAUCCAAUGUCGAUUCUGCGCUGAUUGGGGUGGCCAUCACGUGUGCUGUGAUCCUGUGUGCCUUGGGAAUUGGCAGCGGCCGUGGGAAUGCGGUCGAGAGCUCGCUUCUCUUCGCCUACAUUGUUCUUUGCAUUUAUCAGAUCUUCACCGACUAUCAGCCAUCCCGACCAGUUGAGCCGAGUCCACCACCUUCGCAGGCGGCUGAUUUCCCUCCUCUUCCGCCCAUCAUUAUGGCAUCCUACACCACUCUCAUGCAUGCCCUAUCGCUGCUUCCGUCCAUCAUACAUGCGACCUUCAAUGUUGUGACCGCGGCAUUCAGCGCUGUCACACCGUCCGUUCUGAUCUCUCUUGCCUAUCGUCUUUUCGUCCUUUACGCCUCGACGCGCAUCAUUCCCGCCGUUCGCGAAUCUGGAGCCCGAGCUCUGUCGCAAGAAGCCUCUCUGGAUGAUGAUGACGCUGCGGGCCAGUUCCUGGGACUUCUAAGCUGGUUCUCGCCUACGAUUCUUGUUGCCGUGUACACCAGUCUCUUGAUGCAACAUUUCGCUUCGACUUCUCAGGCAGGGAAUCACGGCGAAUGGUGGAGAAACCAAGGUGACAUAGGUGGCACUUUUUGGCGAUGGGUCAAUAUUGCUUGCACUAUGGCCUUGUAUGCGGUUGAGCUGUGGUUGGGAAAGCAGGAUGACAUCGAUGCAGGACUUGCAGGCCAUUGGAAGACAGAUUGA